GUGAUUCGGACUGAGAUGAAAAUCACUGCUCGAGUGGUGAUUAGGAGACAUAAAGGCUGGAGACGAGUUAGUUUGUAUGAUUCCUGGGGGCCUGGGGAAGAGGAAGUAGAUGAUUGUUUUGUCAGUGAUCUCAAUGCCCUCUUCUUUCAAGAUUACGGAAAGUGCUUCCGGUCUUCCAAGACCUUAAGAACUACCAUUCUAUCAGUCUAUCAAAGUCGUCCUGUCUCGACCAAUCAGCGAAGAGGAAGUGUAGAAAUUAUCUCAAAUGUUGUGGUAAACAAGCUGGCUAUAAAAGCAGCUCGAAACAAGCUUUUUUGUGAGUUAUUUGAAGCACCAAACACAAGCAGUAAAGAUGUCUAUCAAGCUUGCCUUUCUUCUUCUUGUUGGUUUGAUCGUUUUGGCUGGAGCCCUGCCAGCAGAGAAUGAUCAACCUAAAGUGGACUCAACUGACUUGCAGGACUCUGACGAGGCGUUAGCUGCUGACCCCGGGUCCAAGAAGAAGCCAGUGUAUUGUGUUAGGUACUACAAAAGACGACGUUGUUACAAGAAGUGUGUUUACAGCAUAGUCAAGUACAAAAAGAAAGUGCAUAAAUGCUUCAAGCUUUGCUGCGACUACCUUCACAAGAAAAAGUACGUCUGUGGCUAUUGCUACCUGAAGUGUGUCUACGGCUAUCCGUGUAAGUGGGUCUGCCGCUACUAUUAAAUGGCGAUCGUUGAACAAGUCAAAUCAGGGCUAACAUAAGAUGCUUAGAUAAAUAUCUAAGAAAUAAUCGUGAUAAAUGUUCACUAAUAUGAUCAGACAUUGCGAGUUAAUUCAAGCACUAUUGAUGAAUGUGAAUUAAAUAAAAAACAUCAAAAACGAAA